AUGGGCGAGUCUUUUCGAAAUCUCAAGCUCCUCUUCAACACAAUAUGUCUGCGGAGAACGGAGACCUUGCUCAACUUGCCACCAUCCCCCACUGAGACGGUUUUGAUAAGCCAUUCUCCCGAAGAGGCUGCAGCGUACGAAGCCAUCCUGGAUGAUUGUCGAGCCGAGGAUGAACAGCAGGCUUGUGGGAAGUCUGAGUUGAAGAGCUUCAACAUCCUCUUCCAGACUGCGCAAAAGCUUCGGAUGCUUUGCAAUCAUGGGACUUUUGUCACCUCAAAUCAGCACCAGCGGCCUCGUAAUCGGUCGAAAUCGAGAGAAAUAGAGAUGACCUGGGGCGACUCAUGCGUCUUGUGCUGUAUGGAUGAUGACUGCAGUUCAUCUCUCAGUGGGGCCAAACAGUGCCCUCUGUGCGGGCAGUUGUUGGUCACUUCAAAGCCUCAACCAUCUUUGGCGACCAAAAACAGCCUUCUGAGCGUAUCUGUGACGUCAAGUGGUGCAUCUACACCGGUUUCCAGUUACUCCUCCAAGCUCCUCACUGUUGCGCAAAACAUAGAGAAACAUUUCAAUGCUGACGGCAGCAAAAGUGCUGUCUUUACCUCCUGGCGGACGACCCUUAACUUACUCCAAAUCCUGCUCACUGAACGCUCCCUCCCAUUUCUGAGGAUCGACGGGAUGGUCAACGCAACAGAUCGCAUAGCAAUCAUCGACAACUUCAGCACAAAUCCAGACAUCCCAGUCUUACUUCUGACUAUCAAUUCCGGCGCCGUCGGUUUGACCAUCACAGCAGCAAAUGUCGUCCACCUCGUCGAACCAAUCUACAACCCAGCCAUCGAAGCACAAGCUGUUGCCCGAGUGCUCAGGAUGGGCCAGACUCGGCCGGUCAAGAUUCUUAAGUAUGUGACGGAACGAACGAUUGAGCCGGUACGCUUCCUCGUCGCUGACUGA